GAAAACAGACUUGAAUUUGACUUUACAAAAACAGCUGCACUUCGAUGAGCGGGAAAAAACCAAGUGCUCGCUAUAGUCCGUACUUCGAUUCUAGACCCACUCAAUCAACCACUGCAAACACUGCAUCUGCCCAAGCUGGUAAAACUGAUAGAAAGACGAAAAGUAAGAAGUAUGGUGACUUGACAGAAGAAGAUGUCAUGAAGUUACUCCUACCAGACAGAGUUGAUUACAAUCUGGACGUUCUGUUUAUUGGAAUCAACCCAGGAUUGACAUCUGCAUACAAAGGGCAUCAUUACGCUGGACCAAAUAAUCAUUUCUGGCCAUGUUUGUUUGAUUCCAAACUUGUUCCAGAGAAACUUACUUACAAGGAAGAUGAGAAAUGCCCUUCAUAUGGGAUUGGUUUAACCAAUAUCGUAAUGAGAACAACACGAGGUAGUUCUGACCUAUCCCGCAAAGRAAUCAAGGAUGGUAUUGAUGAACUAAUUGCAAAGAUUGAAAAGUAUAAGCCUCUUAUAGCUUGUUUUAAUGGAAAAGGCAUUUAUGAGAUAUUCUCUGGAUCAAAGUGUCAAAUAGGAAAGCAACCUAAUAAUAUACCAGGAACAGAUGCAGUAGUAUAUGUGAUGCCAUCAACAUCAGGUCGAACAAUGACAUAUCCCCGUGCAAGUGAUAAGUUACCCUUUUUCAAAGAACUAAAAGUACUCAGAGAUGCAAAGAGAGCUCCUUUUCUGCAUGACCAAUCUACAACAUAAGUUUUAAACCAAACAAACAAGUCAGGAAAGAGAUUAAAAUGCUAAGAAUGUAAAACUUAAUACUUUUAAUAAUUUUAAAAUAUAAAGUAAGCAGUUAUUCCUGUACAUUAAUACAUUCUAAAAAUCAUAUUUAAAUUCUUGGAAAAAAAUUAUUGACAUGCAAAUCUAUAAUUCUUAAUCUUAUUAAUCUUAAAUUUUAAAAAAUCUGAUAAUAUUUAAAAUGUGCUACGAUUUAAUCUGUCCUUCAAUCCUAAACCUUCAAAUUUCACGAAUACCUUGAGACAACUGGCUCUGGGCUGAUCAAAGUCAAGGCACGACCAACUCGCAGAUCAAAUCGAAAUUUAGUUCGUAAGGUUUUGCGGAGAUAGGAAAACUGGAAAACAAGGAGAAAAUCCUUGAAUAAAUGGAAAGGGUGCUAAAAUAAACUCUUCUUACAUGUGAUGGCAAGUCCAGUAAUCACAGCCAAGAGCCGUGAGGUGAGGGGAGGGGAGGGUAGUCUACUACCGAGCGCGACACCUAGUCAAUCUUGCCUCCUCUCCUCUACCCCCCUGCUAUGUCAAACUUUGCUUCCUUUGUUACAAACGACUAUUCUUAGCUGUAUUUAUUGACACCCUGUAGCUUCUAAUAAAACUGAUAACAUUGAUGCUCUA